UUAAUGUUUAUGAAUCUCCAAUCUUACGCGCGAUUAAGCCUUUGGAGAUGCUUACCCCUUGUUUGACGGGCAAACGCACACGCCUAUAGAAACUUGCACCCUGUAUUUGUGUAUGUUAGCCUUUUAUGUGCGGAGAAGUUUGGGGAAGGAAGUUAAAUGUUGGCAGACGUGACGAAGUGUUACAGUUAGGACCAAAAGUCGGGAUAGCUCUAAACCCCUCAUGUCAGAGAAGCUGGUUAGAAAGCGGCAGUUAUAGCCUGAUUCGAAGACAGGGCCGAGAUUAAAAUAUUGAUGCAGACGACAAUGUCCUGAUAUAUAUUCACGUGACAGCGCUGACGAUGGAAGACGGAGGUCCCACUUGGCAUCUCUUCCUCCAAGUCAUUCUUGUUUUUGGAUGUGCUCCUUUCAUUGAUACGUCAUGCCCUGGAGGAUGUUCAUGUACCAUAGAGAUCGUGGAUUGCCGAAACGGGGAUCACACACAGAUCCCUUGGAAUCUACCGGAUGUGACGUCAGUGAAGGAGAUGUAUCUUAACCACAAUCACAUCGUUUCAAUAGUAGCAGAACUAAGAGAAUACGGAAAUCUGGAAGUUUUGGAUUUAUCUGAUAAUCAAAUAUCGUUGGUUUCAAACUUCUCAUUCAUAACGUCCCGCAGUUUAAAGGUGCUGAGUCUUUCCAGUAACAGAAUGACGUCACUCAAAGCAAACACAUUCGUGGGAUUAACUUCUCUUCAAGUUUUGUUAUUGUCGGGUAACUCCUUUUCUCAUUUGGACGGCGGAGUUUUUGCCGCCCUAACCAGUCUCAAUGUGUUAGACCUGAGUUCAAGUGGAAUUUUCAGUAUUGACACACGUGCGUUUGAUGGUUUAAGGAGCUUGCGCACUCUUAACCUGUCGACGAAUUCACUCACUUCUGUCCCUUCGGCUCAACUGCGCCAGGUGCCCAACUUGGUGACACUUACACUGGAUGACAACAAAAUCAAGACGCUUCCAGAGGAGGCUUUAUCUUGUGACCGGUUCCCCAAACUACAAACUCUUAGUAUUAAAUACAAUCGUGUGAUGUCAGUCUCAAAAGCAGCAUUCAUUGCCUUAAACUGCCGGAGCAAUUUGAAGACAUUGCUUUUAAAUGGUAAUUUAUUGACGGAAGUUCCCACCGACGUUAUCCGAGAUUUACCGGACUUGCACGAGAUUGACAUCUCAAGUAAUCUCGUCAGCACGAUACGAGUUGGUGCUUUUUCUGAUUUGCCGGAGUUGCAGAAAAUAUCAUUCUCCUAUAUGCCUCAACUUACUGUGAUUGAAAAAGGCGCUUUCACAAACUUACAUUCCUUAACAUAUUUGAAAAUUUCCCAUAACUCAAAACUAAGGGAAGUUCAACAUGGUGCUGCCUUUGCGUGUCCGUCCCUUAUUAGUCUUUCUUUGAGAGGAAACGCUGUGGAAAGCAUUGGUCAACUAUCGUUUCCAUGGGAACAGUUAACUCACGUUGAUCUGGUAGGAAAUCCAUGGCGGUGCAAUUGUGACUUACAGUGGAUGAAACGUCUCCUGCUGUACAACCAAUCAAAAGCGGAGGCGCUCUCGCGAGAUCUUGUCACGUGCAAAAGCCCACAUUCUCUUGCUGGCAAGAGGAUCACGGAACUGAACGCAGACGACUUCAAAACCUCGUGCAAUCAUACAGGCACUAAUCUAUUCAGCAAUCACAUCGCUCUAGGUCUCAGCCUGGGUGUGUUUGCGGUGACUUUAGUCGUUGUGGCAGCGGUGCUGUUUAGACACAGGACUCGGAUCGGGAGAGCUCUGCAAAAGAAAUGUGCGUUUAAGAAAAGGAAGCACCUGAGCACGGAGGACACGGACGAUCUUUGCUUUCACGAGGACGCGCGGUCUAUGACACCGAUUGUACUGAACGGUUCAUGUAACUGCCCUAACCACUCUGGCAGCGCCUAAGAAUGUACUAACAUCAUAUAGAAUCAUAUCACAAUAUCCACUCUUAAUAUUUCUAUCCAGACUGCCUCAACUUUGGCUUUAUAUAAGUGGCUUCUUCCUCAUAGGUGUGAAAUAUACAAAGGAGUUCCACAUUUACCUCCUUGGUUACUAGUACAUUGUCGUAGAUGACCGAAUUCUCUUCGCUUGGACAGGACUGAGAUUGAUCUAUUCAGAGAUUUAUUUGACAAGCACAUUGAAAUUAUGCCGAAAGACAAUUUUUUCCAAUUCAUUUGUCGGCUUAUUAUUUUUAGGGUCGGACAUGUAGUAGUAAAAGGUGACUGGGUCAGGCCUAUCUAAUCUUCAACUUUUUAGUCACGUUUUAUACACGGUCUUAUUUCUACUGCAACGAGAAAUAUUUACUCUAAUAUUUAUACUAGGUACAUCAAAGCUAUUUAAGAAGUAUACCUCUCUUUUCAACUUUUAAUUUAGCGGCUAAUGUA